UAAGGAAACUAAUGAUAAAUAAUAAUAUUAAUACCACACCUUUUAUGUGGGCGUGUUUCCUCUCUUACAAAACACGCCCAUUCUGUGGAAUGUGGUCCACUUUGAAACAUAUCCAGCUCGUUUUUGCGUGAAAAAUGGAUCUUCCGAGGAUGGAAAACACCACAGAAGUUUCAAAUCCGGAGAAAAAUACGACACGACGCGUGGGUGCGAUGACCAUGAUCCCACCGAAUGAGUCUCGCCGAAACCAAAUAAGGAUGAUGGCUCAGAAGGAAGAGGAGGAGCUUCAGAGAUGGAAGGAGUCUCACAGGGUGACACACGUGCACACCACUCCUGACAGACUGGGCGGUGAUGCAACGUUGGCUCAAGUCAGGGAGAGGCAAUUCCAGAACUUGCGUUGCUCCAAAGUACUGAAGAAGAUGGAACAGGACAAUUGGGCCCAGAAAAAGAGACAAGAGCAAAAUGACGAGUAUCAGCGCAAGAAAGAUGAACAAAGACAAAAGGCCGAGCGUAACGAAAAGAGGGCAGAGGAGGAGCAGCAGCGCAGGCGCCAACAACAACGACAGGAGCACUUCAGAGUGAACUCGGCCUUCCUGCACAACCUUGACGGUCGUGAUGGUUGUCGUCAGAGCUCACCUGGACCCCAUGACGGUUGAGCGGCGGCAACAGCUGGACCUGGACCAAGACCAGUAUCAGGACCUGGACCAAGACCUGGAUUUGGCUUUGAGUGAACUUUUGCAAAGAAGUGAGUCGAGCCUUCCUGAUGGCGACUACUAGCCAUCACCAGGUGUGAAUAAAUGAUGGGUUCUACAUGUAAAGUGGCUUUGGGUACUUAGAAAAGUGCUAUAUAAAUCCCAGGUAUUAUUAUUAUUAUUAUUACUAUCAGACACAGACUUUAUUCAACGCUCACUUGAUUGGCACUUUCCAGGGGGCGGAGCCAAGUGCCAUUCAAAAAGUUCAGGUGGGGGGUUUCUACUAUCUGUCUGCUUGCACCGACCGGUGACUCACUUUUAUUUUUUUUAGUCCUCGCAACACUUUUUGGAUUGUUUUUUUGUUUUUUUUCUCUCUCGCCGUGACUCAUCAUCUUCAUGUCUUGAGUGAAUCAAUAUGUGCAGCUGCAAGCAACAGCGUUCCACCCAAAUAAGUGAUUAUUUUCUGGUGCAAACCUAAUGACAGUAAUAUUAAAAUAUAAAGACACCGCUGGGAGAGGACUGGAUAUCAUACUUGAAUGAAAUGAAAUGUCCCGUACAUUUAUUGUUAUUUUAUUACAGCAUGUUGACAUCUGCCAGGGCAGAAACAAUAUGUCAUUGUUUGCUUUGCUGGGUCUCUCUUCACAAAAUAAUGACGUCAUUA